AUGGAGGGUUGUCAAAGAAAUAAAGAAACCUCUCCUAAACUCCUGGAUUUGAUUCCUCAAGGAAGACAAUGGUACCAUGAAGAAGAAAACAACAACACAGAUCAAGAAAAGAAACUUGAGCUAAGGCUUGGACCACCCGGUGGUUAUGAAGAGAAUCGUUCAGAGACGAAGAAGAACACAGAGACAAGAAACAACAGCAUCAAGAAGGAAGCAGAAGACAAAUCUAUCUUCUGUCUAAGUGAAAAACAUUCAUCUCCUUCCAACAAAACCAGUUAUGUUCCUCACAUCUCUCACAAAAGAACUGCUCCUGGUCCAGUGGUGGGUUGGCCUCCGGUACGUUCCUUCAGAAAGAAUCUAGCGAGCACAAGCUCUUCAAAGCUUGGAAACGAAUCCUCCCACAUAGAUCAAAGUACCAAGAAUGGUGAUGGUGUGAAGGAAGUGGAACCUAAGAGAGAAGGAAUGUUUGUAAAGAUCAACAUGGAUAGUGUUCCAAUUGGUAGAAAAAUCGAUCUCAAUGCUUACAAUAGCUACGACCAGCUCUCUUUUGCCGUUGACAAACUCUUCAGAGGUCUACUCGCAGCUCAAAGAGAUACCUCUGGUAGUGAAGGAGAAGAGAAACCAAUCAUUGGUUUACUGGAUGGUAAAGGAGAAUUUACUUUGACUUAUGAAGACAAUGAAGGGGACAAGAUGCUUGUUGGGGAUGUUCCUUGGCAAAUGUUUGUUUCAUCUGUGAAGAGAUUGCGUGUGAUUAAAAGCUCUGAGAUUUCAUCUGCUUUGAGAUGUAAGCUUUUAUGUUGGUUUUAUGUUAAGACGAUUUAUAGAGACAUAACUAGAAAAGGUUUCAUCUGUGUUUGCAGUUGGGUGCAGUAAGCAGGAGAAGAUGAGGAACUGAAGAAUGUGUUUUAAACUUCUGCUUGAGCUAGAGGGUCUCACAGUUUUUAUUUUUGUAUAUCUAGUUUUUUUAUAUAAGAGAUAAAAGUAUUGGUUGUGUCCAGAGAGACAUUUUCAUAUGAUCUCAUAUAUAUAUAUAGAUUCCCUUGUCUCUAAAACACUCAGCUAUGUGACUACAGAAGUGUAAAAGCAUUAAAUUUAGAACAUGAUAUAAUCCUCUCAUGUCUUCAAAACUCUUUCAGAAAAACAUGAAAAUGUCCUUCUCCGUAUGAGCUCCUUUAAUCAUGUAAAAAGAUGAGAAUGAAAGGCCAUUAUUGAUUAAAAAAAAAAACAUAAUGAGCCUGUAAAUAAGAUUAGAAGUUGAAAAUACAAAAAGUUUGUUUCUGAAUGAUCAGUCCAUAUCGAUAGUUCUGGUGGGCUACCAUCUCUUUUGUCAUAGUGCAGAACUUAGCAGCUUUGUUUGUUCUCACUUAUUAUAUUCACUGCAUGUAACACAUUUUGCAUUAUCUAUUACCUUUUGUACCGUUUCUCGGUCGACCGACUGAAACAUCACAAAGAAAAACUGUAUCAUUUUUUUAACACACUGUUUUCAAGUUUAAACAAAAAAAUCGGUCGACGUAGAAUCAUCUCAAAUAAAUAAAGCUAUCCAAAAAACAUUUCGUGGCUAUGUGUUUAAUCAUAUACAGCUGGUUACUUGGGGAUGUUACAGUUAUAUAACACAAUGAUAAAGUUUUGUUUGGAAAGUUUUCAAAUAUUUUAAUCAGUUAAACAACGUUAUUAUAUACCAUUUACUCUAUUUUACAUCAGUGUGAUUUUUCGCAUCAUUUACUCGAUUUUCAUUGUUAGAGCACCAUUAUCCCACAACUCUAUUAUGGGGGUGCUUAGUCAUAUUAUAAUAGUAUUUAAGGUGUUUUUUUGUUAAGCAACUUAGUUAAGCAAUUUUUUAAUUUUUCCCUUCCAUUGCAAGUAUCU